GUGGGUACUGCUACCACCAUAUCGAGGACAGUGGUAAGUGGUAGGUGUUAGGUUGCCGGUGGUGUGACCGUAACAUUAAGUCGUGAGACGCGGCGCUAGACACGCGCUUUCCUGUCUGUGAUAACAUUGUAUUGAUCAUUAUGAUAAGAUUCGCGACUUUGUUAAUCAGUUUAAUAUCGAGUGCAAGAACGAUCGAUGAUCAUCCAUUUAAAUAUUCAGUAGCCUCGGACGCACAGAUACGACAGGCGAUAGAGAAUAGAUAUGACGACACCGGCCCGGCAGCCAAGAGUCCAGAAUAUGCCUACAACACGUACAGCAGCCUACAGGAAGCCCUGGUGUCCUAUGUGAAUGAUCCAGACACCAAACUGCCUCUGAGUGAAAAGAUGAAAUUCGAAAGGUUUGUUUCACAGGGAGGUCGCCAGCCGCCCAUUAGGGAAUUACCGAAAACUGUGGAGGAAUACACAGGUUUUAUGAAGCGGCCGAUACAGCAAAAGCCGGAUGACCAGCCUAUAGUUCUCAAUCGAUACCAGUUGCCGGAAAGGCAGAUUUUCUACCAUGACCCGAAGACCCACGUGGGGAUAUUAGAUCUACGUGGUGUUACUAAUUUGAAUUUACCAAGCUAUCAGGAGAGGCCAGAGCCUUAUUUACUACAUACGGAGCAACCUUUGAGAGUGGACCAGGUUAUCGCAGCCACUCCUCGUCUCCCAGAGGUGAGGCCGGCAGCGGAUCACGACCAGUUCAACCCUCACCCGCAGUACAGCUUCUCCUACGGAGUCCACGACAAGAAAACAGGAGACUCGAAGUCAGCGCACGAGUCCAGAGACGGCGGGACUGUUCGCGGGUACUAUACCUUCGUAGACGCGGACGGCAAGCAACGCACGGUGCUAUACACGGCUGAUGAUGAACUGGGCUUCCGAGCCACCGUGCAGCGUACGCAGACCAACGCACAGUAGCAUCACUGACAGCAUCAUGCAGAACCGCGCUAUAGAACUUAAAACUAAAGUAGAUAAUAUUCAUGAGACAUUAUAAACAUGAGACAUAAACAAAUAAAAUUUUAAAAACUAAAUUUUAUGAACGAUGCGGGACUCGAACCCACGAAGUCCGGCGUUCCGUGCCGGUGCUCUAACCAACUAAGCUAACCGUUCGAGUGACGUAUCGUUAUAAAAUCUUGUAUGCUUUGUUCAACUCUCAGGUUGUGGCUUCAUCUACAUGAUCUACUUUAUAAUUGAUAGCCUGCUCAACCCCAAUAUUUGCAUAUUAAGAAAUACUGAAUAAAUAAAUAGGAUAAAGCCACAACCUGAGAGUUAGUAUACAUAUCACGAGUGUAGAGACCUAGCUUGUCACGCACACCAAGCUAAUAAACCUGGCCUAUUUACGUCCGCGUCGGUUCUCUAGCUGCACGAGGCUCUAUCUAGAUACAUAAAUUAUCUAGGCGUCCUGAUAUCUAGCUUUUCAAGCUCUAAACGGUGUCAUUACCCUUAGAUGUCCAAGUGUGAGACCAGCCAAUUUCUACGUCAGACACAGGAGCUGAGAAUAAAUUAUUUCGAACCCAAACGAACAGUUGGUUUUAAUUAAACGAAUUUAUAUUCAACGUUUUCUUGCUAUGCAAAUAAAAACAAAAUGGUGGUACUCUUUUAUGAUAGAUAAAAUUUUAUAGGGCUUAUGUAACAAUAUUUAUUCAUUUCAAUUAAAGUAUGACCAGCUAUGUAAAUGGAAUGAUGUACAAUGAUACUGAACUCUUUUUGUUAAGAAUUUUGUACAAAGAUAUUCUAUACAUUAUUAUAUUUAAGUAAACCAGAAAUGUGGUUGUUUACCUUUAGUUUGUGUAAGCAUUAUUACAAUGGUAGUAAAAGUUUUGUAAAUAUUUUUGAUAAAUAAUUAAUAUAAAA